AUGGACAAGGACCGAUUCCCCAUGUCACCCUCACGCGAGCCUAAUCCGUUGCGACCAUACUACAUACCACCUUCGAUAGGCUCCUCCUCACCAAAUAUCUCCGCCUCCACUGCGCAAGCAUCUCAUAUCAACCGACCGACACAAUCAGGAUCAUCAUUCUCCGACACUGCGCGUGACUACCUCCCGGAUCUGGAUCUCAAAUCUACAACAGGCGAAGCAUGGCAGACCACGAGGAGCUUGAUCGACACCCUAGCAUGGCGAUACACAUCCAUCCUCCUCGCGCAGCCGUUCGAUGUCGCAAAGACAAUACUGCAGGUCUCGCUACCGCAGGCGACGGGGAUUGAAAGCACGCCAAAGAAGAGGAGAGCAGGGAGUAGCUCAAGAGGCAGGACAUUCGAUGCGGAGGACCCAUAUGCGAGCGACCACAGCGAUGACAUGCCAGACUACUUCUCAUCAGCGGCACCACGAAGCCGAUCACCACGGAGGAGGAAGAGGACACCACCAAGUCAUGAUACCUCCCCGUCACCCACACCACGGCCUCGAUCGCGCAGACAACAGGAUGCUUCGGAAGAUGUGAUGAUACGGCUUAAGAAGCCCGCGAGCGUCAUGAAUGCCAUCGCAGCUCUAUAUAACACCUCUGGCGCGGUCGGAAUGUGGCGAGCGAGUAACACCACUUUCCUCUACUCCAUCCUUCUCCGAACUACCGACUCGUUCAUCCGCAGUCUUCUGCUCGCUCUUCUCGGCCUACCAGACAUUCCCGGUCCCGAUCAAGGCGGCCUCGCACCUGGUCUGACCGUCGCAGGCGCCGCUGGCUUCAGCGGCAUCGACCUGUCAGAUAGUCCCAACGCUAUUGGGUCUAUCAUCGUUAUUGGCAUAUCCAGCUGCCUGACAGGCCUCCUUCUUGCGCCCCUCGACCUCGUCCGGACUCGUCUGAUAGUUACACCUGUCUCCGAGCCACCACGCGGUCUGAUACAAAACAUUCGACGUCUUCCAAACCUUGCUCCAUCUUCUCUCUGGCUUCCGACAGCUCUCUACCACUCCAUCCCGAACGUCUUCUCCGCCGCUACCCCGCUCUUCCUUCGUCGCCAACUACGCAUCACACCCGAGCUUUCCCCUUCAAUAUGGAGUCUAGCCAGUUUCACGACCACCCUCACUGAGCUCUUCAUCCGAUUGCCUCUAGAGACCGUCGUUCGCAGAGCACAAGUCGCAGAACUCAAGGCGGCUGCAACAACGAAGCAGACAGAUCUGCAAUUGAUCGUGGACCCGGCGCCAUAUGUUGGAGUCUGGGGGACGGUGUACAGCAUCUUAUAUUUGGAGGGAGAGACGACGACGAAAGCGGCGAAUGGCAUGUUAAGGACAAGAAGAGGGCAGGGCACGUCAGGGCUUGUCAGAGGAUGGAGGAUUGGUUUCUGGGGAUUGGUGGGCGUCUGGGGCGCUGGUGCGCUAGGCCCGAGGGAUGCUAAGGGCGGCGGGUUUUGA